AUGGCAGGACAGUCGGCGUUAUUACUCCGUAAACAAUUAGCGGAUCUGAACAAGAACCCAGUGGAAGGCUUCUCGGCGGGGCUUGUAGAUGACAAUGAUAUCUUUCAGUGGGAAGUGGUCGUCAUUGGCCCUCAAGAUACAAUGUUUGAAGGGGGGUUCUUUAAGGCUACUUUGAAUUUUCCCCAGGAUUAUCCUAUAAGACCUCCAAAGAUGAAGUUCAUCACAGAAAUCUGGCAUCCCAAUGUUGCAAAAAAUGGGGAAGUAUGCAUCUCCAUCCUGCACGAACCUGGAGAAGACAAGUAUGGCUAUGAGAAGCCGGAGGAACGCUGGUUGCCAAUCCAUACUGUUGAGACCAUAAUGAUCAGUGUCAUCUCCAUGUUGGCAGACCCCAAUGGUGACUCGCCCGCCAAUGUUGAUGCUGCAAAAGAAUGGCGUGACGAUCCAAAAGGUGUUUUCAAGAAAAAGGUUGCACGCUGUGUGCGGAAAAGUCAAGAGAUGUCUUUUGACUGA